AUCACCGGCGAACAAAAAAACAGAGUGAUUGAGAUUCUACGGCGGUGGUGGUUCGUACUUCGUCGUCUCCUCUCACUCUCUUCAACUCCAUGAACAUGGCGUCGCUUACUCUCCGCUGCGACGCGACGCAACUCUUUCCUUUACGUGAUGUUGUGAAGGGAACAAAGCUAUCUAGAACGAGCUGGGUGUUUCCUAGGAUUAUAUCGAAGAAGUUCAAUUUUAGAAUGAGAGUGAUAUCUGAGGAAGGAGAUGUGUUCUCUUCCUCUAAGAGUAAUGGAUCAUCAUCAAUGGGGAUCGAGUUGCAGCCGGAUUUGGUUUCGUUUGGGACAUUAGCUGCUGAAAUGAUUCCCACAACUAUGGAUUCUUCUGAUGUUGAGGAUGAAGAGUUCGAUCUUGAUCGACCUACUGCUGGAUUUGCGUCUAUUCCUCAAGCUAUUGAGGAUAUUCGACAGGGCAAGAUGGUAGUUGUUGUAGAUGAUGAGGACAGAGAAAACGAAGGAGAUCUGAUAAUGGCGGCGUCGUUGGUAACACCUGAAGCUAUGGCUUUUGUGGUUAAGCAUGGGACUGGAAUCGUGUGUGUGAGCAUGAAAGGUGAAGACUUGGAGAGGUUAGACCUUCCUUUAAUGGUGACGCGAAAGGAUAAUGAGGAAAAACUCCGCACGGCCUUCACGGUUUCAGUGGACGCAAAAAAAGGAACAUCCACAGGUGUCUCAGCUCGUGAUAGGGCACAAACUAUAUUAGCCCUUGCAUCAAAAGAUUCAAAACCACAAGAUUUCAAUCGUCCUGGUCAUAUCUUUCCUUUGAGAUAUAGAGAAGGCGGUGUUCUCAAAAGAGCAGGGCAUACAGAAGCCUCUGUUGACUUGACUGUGUUGGCCGGUUUGGAACCAGUAUCUGUUUUAUGUGAGAUUGUAGAUGAUGAUGGUUCCAUGGCUAGAUUACCAAGACUCCGCCAAUUCGCUCAAGAGAACAACUUGAAAGUAAUCUCAAUCGCCGAUUUAAUCAGAUACCGAAGGAAAAGAGAGAGACUGGUAGAGUUCACUGCAGUUGCGCCAAUACCGACAAUGUGGGGGCCAUUCAAAGCACAUUGCUUCAAGUCAUUGCUUGAUGGAGUUGAGCACAUUGCAAUGGUCAAAGGAGAAGUAGGAGAUGGGAAGGAUAUCCUUGUGAGAGUUCACGCGGAGUGUAUCACGGAUGAUAUAUUCGGAAACAGCUCUGGUGGAAAACAAUUAGCGAUUGCAAUGAGACUGAUUGAAGAAACUGGGAGAGGUGUUUUUGUCUACUUGCGUGGUCCAGAAAGUAAAGGCAUUGACCUAAGCCACAAGCCUCGUACUUACGACAACAAUCCAGAUCAAGCCGUUGCUUCACGGGAAUACGGCAUUGGAGCACAAAUACUGAGGGAUCUUGGAGUAAGAGAGAUGAAGGUGAUGACUAAUAAUCCGGCACAUUACGUUGGUCUUAAAGGCUAUGGUUUAUCAAUUUCUGGCAAGGUUCCUCUCAUUAGUCCUUGAGUGUUUUUUUUUUAUGAUUGAUUAGUUUGUGACCGUUAAAGAGAUACCACAUGUGUCCGAGUUUGUGAGUGACUUAGUUUGUUGUUAGUUGUUGUUUUUGCGCCUAAACCAUGUUUUUUUUGUUUCUUCUUACCUCCAUAAUUGUCAUUAGAAUCAUUUUAAAUGGUAUAUUCUCUGCAAAUUAGUAUAUAUAUAUAUAUAUGUUGUCACUUGCG